AUGUUAUAAUAAGGUGGCGAUUCUGAAUCUGAUCAUGGCUUUUAAAAUUAUGAUUACAUCGAAGAAGAUGAUGAUUAUAAUAAUUCAUUUAUAUCAAUAGAACGAUUUCCAAAUACAGAAAACCCAAAAUUAAAUACUUAAGUUCAAGUUGAUAGAUAUAUUACUUUGAUGGAAUUAGAUUCAGAUACUAAAAAUAUUCCAAAAACAUUUGGGAACAAUUUUAAAAAGUUUAUGGAUGCUUAAUUAGAAUAAUAUAAAGAUUAUUUCUUGAAGAACCCUCCUCCAAAAGAAUUGAUAAAUUUUUUAAAUAAGAAAGAGACUGGAAAAUAAGCUAAUUAUACUAUUUAAGAUUUUAGAGAUAUUUUUCAUAACUAGUUUUCAAAUACCUGGUUUCAAUUUUACAUCUAAAAUUUUUCAUUUUUAGAUUUGAUUAAUUCUAAUAGAAUUGAAGAUCCAGAAAAAUAUAUUAAAUUUAUAGAAUAAUAUUUAGCUGGAGCAAAAGAUCCAUUAAAUUUCAUAUCUAGUCGCCCAAUAAAAUAAAGUAAACAAGAGAAAAAAGUAAACAAAAUUACUUUAAAACUUGAACAAGUUUAAUAACCUCAAAAAGAUGACGAUUAUCAAGAUUAGGACUCUAUUCAAUAAUUUUAUGUCAAAAGUUAUGUAUGUGAUUAGAAUUCUUAAUAUAAGUACGAUUAUGAUUGA